AACUUAAACUUACUAAUGUCUAAAUAAAUGUUCUCAGCUCUGUUAAUUCGGUAGAGAAAGUCCUGUUUGUGAAAUAAAUCUAUCAGAUAUUUGGGUUUUAAUGUUUGACUCACAGAGAUUUCAUUAGCAGUAACUUGUACAUGUGCAGAAAUGUGCAGAGAAACAGUGACACCUACAGGCAGGAUGCUGCAUUACCUGGUUUUUAGCCCACAUGUGUAAAAUGCAGCAUUUUCCACGUCUGCUAUGAUCCUGUCUGGUUUACAGGCGGCGCUGAAAAUGCCCAGGAACACAGCAGAGGAGGUGAAAAGAAGAGAAGCUGCCAUGCAGGAAGGUCUGCAGCAGGCUGUGGCCGUCCCUUUGGCUCUGGCUGAGAAGAUCAGCAUCCUCUGGCCGCCUCUGGGACAAAUGGUUCAGUACGGCAACAUUGGCUGCAAGUCAGAUGCUCAGGUUGCAGCUAAAGCCCUGGAAACAGCCGUUUUUGGAGCGUACUAUAAUGUCCUGAUCAACCUCAAAGACGUCUCAGAUGAAGCCUUCAAACUGGCCACGCAGAGACGAGUUUGUGAGCUGCUGCAGGAAGCCAGAGACAACGUGACCUCCAUCCUGGACGCUGCUGACAAGAGAACAUGACAACGUGGAAGAAAUAAAACCACAAUUCAGAA